AUGAGCGUCGCAAUGGAACAGAACAUUGGGGUCUUCGAUCCUGCUCUGGCUGGCCUACUGGAGUCGUUGGUGGGAUCACGAGACGCCAUAUCCGCGUCCAAAGAAGAACUGGACUUCUUGUCCAACUUAUUGCAAAGCAAGGAACUACAUGCUCUUUUCAAAGUCUACAAUACCAUUGUUGACCGGGUGCGCGAUGAUCGCCGAUGCUCUCCCGUACUGUCGAGUUCCAUGCAAACCACAUUGGAUGUCAUGGAAGUUAUAUUGCCCAGGAUCGCGCUCAGCGAUACAUCCAGACAACUUUUUCAACUAUUACAAAACCCCCACAUACAGGGACUUCUGUGUGCCCAUGACGCAGUAGCUCAAAAAGACUACCUACCCCGACUGCCAGACAUUCCUCAAGAGAUGGAUGAGGAUGAAGAGACAAUCAAGAUUGUGCAAUUGGUUAAAAGCACUGAACCAUUGGAUGGGGAACCUGAUUCAGCUGAACCAAUUGUGGGUGCCACAAUAAAAACUGAUGAAGAAAAUGGAAAAAUAAUUAUAGCAAGGGUUAUGCAUGGUGGCGCUGCUGACAGAUCUGGUUUAAUAAACGUCGGUGAUGAAGUUUGUGAAGUGAAUGGAAUUAAUGUUGAAGGAAAGUCUCCAGCAGAUGUACUCCAAAUACUACAACAUUCUGAAGGGACAAUAACAUUCAAAUUGAUUCCGGCAGACCCCAAAAAUGGAUCGCGAGAAAGCAAAAUGAAAGUUCGAGCCCAUUUUGAUUUUAACACUGAUGUCGAUCCUUACAUUCCAUGCAAAGAGGCCGGUUUAAGUUUUUCCAAAGGAGAAGUACUUCACAUUGUUAGUCAGGAUGAUCCUUAUUGGUGGCAAGCCCGUAAAGAAGGGGACCGUAAUAUGAGAGCUGGACUUAUACCAAGUAAAGCUCUACAAGAACGUAAAAUAAUUCAUGAAAGAUUGUCAAUGACAGAUCAAAAAAAGAAAUGGGUCAUGGAUACCAUUAAUGGGGGUUGUAUUGGUGGGGGCGGUAUGACAUGUUUGCCAGACCGUUCAUUAGCUAAAGACCCAUUAUGUGGGUCAUUGGCCGCUCUGAACGAUCUCGGCGAAGACAUGGCGUCCGAAUGUUCGGUACGUACACGUGUUAAAAAGGUUAUCUAUGACGCAGCUGAAAGUGAUGACUAUGAUCGUGAAGAUAUUGCUACAUAUGAAGAAGUGGUUAAGUUGUAUCCAAGAAAUGAACUUCCUCGGCCCAUUGUCUUAGUUGGUCCACCUGGUGUUGGUAGAAAUGAGCUGAAGAGACGUAUUAUGGAACUAAAUCCUGACAAAUAUCACACACCUGUACCGCAUACAUCCAGAUCUCCUCGGCCUGGAGAAGUAAAUGGUAAAGAAUAUAAUUUUGUCUCAAGAGAAUUGAUGGAAGAACAAAUAGCCCGUGGUGAAUUUUUAGAAUUUGGUGAAUACAAAGGCAAUCUUUAUGGCACAUCUUUAGAAAGUGUAAAAUCAAUCAUACGUUCCGGACUUACUUGUAUUAUAAACCCACAUUAUCAGGCAUUAAAAAUGUUACGCACCCCCGAUAUAAAACCUUACAUUGUAUAUAUUAAGCCACCAGUAUUUGACAUAUUAAAAUCAACUAGAAAUGCAGCAUUUGCAAUGUCAACAUUUGAUGAAACAAAUUCUAGAGGUUUUACAGACGAUGAGUUCAAUGAGAUACUAAGGAGUUCAAAACGAAUUGAAUUUCUUUAUGAUCAUUGGUUUGAUGAAAUAAUUGUAAAUGAUGAUUUCAAGUUGGCUCUGGAGCAAUUAUUAGAAGCUGACCAUAAAUUAAAAACCGAACCGUUAUGGGCACCUGCUGCUUGGCUACAGUAA